AUGCAGAGCUGAGCGGAAUUGAAGAGCUAGAUUCCGAUUAAUCACACAGUCUUAAUAAAUAAAUGUUAUUAAAAAUGAUUUUUUUUCUAUCUUAGUAAAUAAAUUUUAUUAAAAAAAAACUGAUGUUUUUCUCACUUAAUCUUAGUAAACAAGAUUUAUUUAAAAAAAUCUGAUGUUUUUUCUCACUUAAUUUUAGUAAGUAAGUUUUAUCAAAAAAGAAGAAAUACUUUUUUUGCUCACUCUACCUAUUUUGUUUCAACUGACAGCUAUGACAUCACAAAAUGGCGCCCAGUCGAUCCCAUUCUUAGUUGAAUCGCAUUAUAGGCACUUUUGCGCGGGAAUCGUUUUCUUGGCGCUCGUCGUAGAGUACGUUUCUUCUUGCAGCGUCUUUUGUAGGCUAAAAUAGCGUUGGUAUUUUAACUUUUAUAUAGGAGUGAUGUAUCUGUUACGUAGUAGCUAUUAUCUAAUCUGUGUUAAAGGAAUCCAUCCGACUACCCGACAAACAUUACUGCGCGUCCUAAAAGUUUUAAAUAAUAUAAAAUGAUAACAUAAGUAUUUAUUAUGUUGCAAAUAGAUCCUAUAGCAAAUUUAGUAGCCCCCAAUCAAACACCAAUUCCUGUGAUAACUGAUGCAGAAAAUGUUAUCUAUGAAGUAGUCUCCGAAAGAACCUUAAGGAAAAUUGGAGACGUAGCCGCGCAGCAGUCACUUGGCACUGAUGGACACCAGACCUUAGAAGGAAUCAACAAUAUAUACGCGAUACAACAACAAAAUAUGGAAAAUCAUGAAAAAACGCAGAAAUUUCUGUGCAAGUUGAAGAAUUAAGAAAUGAUCGGUAGCCAACAACUGUAACACUAUUAGGUGAGGCUAAGGGUAUGGAAGUGGAAUCCUUCAUGCUAAGACCUAUAAAUGACAUUGGUAACUUGGAAAAACUAGAACAGGAGUUCUCAAACAAGGAAGCAUUUGAAAAACUCAAGCAACAAUACUCAAUUGUGUGUUCUGAAUUACUGGAAAAUGGCGUUAACUGUGCUUACAGGUUGCUGGAUAUACUGUUUACGAAGAUUUUUUUGUGUUCCUGGACUGGAGGUAGUCGUAAUGCAGCUGAUGUGAAAUUAGGGCUUAAAGCUUUCAAAAACGUAAUAAUUUUUUUUCACCAUGGCUAACUUUUGGGAUUAAAAUUUCACGAUGGAACAAAACGAAAAUUUCUUAAAAACGGUGUUGAGAAAUGCGCUUAAACGCCCAAAUAUGAAAAUGAGAAUAAUAAUGGGAAUGGUCAAGAAAAUUUUGCAGCACCGCAAAAUUUGAAUGAAAAUAGCCAUCAAAAAGAAGAUACCCAAAUUGGAAAAGAAAAAGAUGAAGAUUUUUUUUGUUUGAAGAAGUUUGUUUCUUAGGUUUUCACGCACAUCACUCAUUAAAUAAAACUAGUUUUUCACGGGUUAAUGCACGAAACUUAAUUUAUUUAUUGACGUUUCGCAGCCUUUACAGGCUGCUUCGUCGGAAUGUUUUUUUAUUUAAAUUUGU